AUGAGUCCGAAAAGCGUAUCCCCAACGCCGCUCCUUUCCGAAAAGCACAACGGAAUCCCAGCCAGGCUGUUCGACAAGGCCCAGGAAACCAAAUCUGCCAUCUUCGAUAUAUCCACCAAAUCUGAAAACAACAGGACGAAAGUGGCCCUCCCGCAAGGAAUCAAUCAAAUCACCUUUCGUACCGCAAUCGCAGAACUCCGCGAUCGACUGGGCGAAGAACAUGUAGAAUUUGUGACAAAACUAGACGAUGGAUGGUAUAUGGAAAACCCCAAUACCCACGAUGGAAUGCACGUCUCUGAUGAAGAUGACUUUGUCGCAUCCGUCGUAGUAUACCCCGGCAGCACCGAGGAAGUCCAAAAAAUCGUCCAAUGGGCAAAUAGCUAUCGCAUCCCCAUAUCCCCGAUCUCAAUUGGUCGAAACUACGGCUACGGAGGCGCAGCCCCACGCGUCCGCGGGGCAGUCGUCCUCGAUCUCGGUCGCCGGAUGAAUCGAAUCCUCGACAUUAAUCCGGACGACUGCACUUGUCUCGUCGAGCCGGGCGUGACAUAUUUCGCUCUAUACGAAGAGAUUCAAGCCCGGGGUUUCCAGCAUCUUUGGGUAGACGUCCCCGAUAUUGGAGGCGGGUCGGUUUUGGGGAAUGCCCUCGAUCGUGGGGUCGGGUAUACGCCCUAUGGAGACCACUGGAUGAUGCAUUGUGGGAUGGAGGUGGUGCUUCCUACUGGUGAGGUUAUCAGGACGGGCAUGGGUGCUUUGCCGGGGAAUAAUAGCUGGCAGCUUUUUCCUUAUGGGUUUGGUCCUACUGCUGAUGGAUUGUUCUCGCAGUCGAAUAUGGGUGUCGUGACGAAGAUGGGAUUUGGAUUGAUGCCCAAUCCUGGUGAUCAUGAGAGCUAUAUCAUUCAGCUUUACACAUUUCAAAAGGAAGAGGAUCUCAGUCAGCUGAUUGACAUAAUCCGACCGCUUAGAAUCGCCAUGAUUCUAGAGAAUGUUGCACAGCUCCGCCACAUCAGCAUGCAAGUCGGACUAGAAGGCAAACCCCGAAGUUUCUAUUACAAGGGAAAAGGCCGGGUCCCCGACUCAUUCAUCCACGAAGCUGCCCAGAAACUUGCCCACGGCGACUGCUCUUGGUUAUACUACGGUAUGGCCUACGGACCCAAAGAAAUCCGACAGUAUAAACUCGACAUCAUCCAUAAGGAGUUCAUGAAAAUCCCGGGCGCCAGACGAAUCGACCCGUCCACUCUCUCUGCAGACAACUACUUCUGGGUUCGCGACCGGAUUGCCUCCGGCGUACCGGACAUUGAAGAGUUACGCUGGGUUAACUGGCACCCCAAUGGAGGGCACAUUGCCUUCAGUCCUGUAUCGCCCGUCCGUGGGAACGACGCCACGGCACUAUGGGACAUUGCGCAGAAGCGAUGCGAAGAGUACAACCUAGACCUGUUCCCUACAUUUGUCGUUGGUCUUCGGGAAAUGCAUUUGAUUGUAGAAAUUGUGUUUAACCGCGACGACCCGGUCAUGCGUGACAAUGCGCGAGCAUGUCUGCGCGGAAUGGUCGAUGAUGCUGCGAAGAGGGGAUACGGCGAGUAUCGCACCCAUCUGGCCUUCAUGGAUCAGAUUGCGGGAACAUAUAACUGGAAUGACGGCGCGUUGCUCAAAUUCAACGAGAAGAUUAAGGACUGUCUGGACCCAAAUGGGAUCAUGGCUCCAGGGAAAUCGGGAAUCUGGCCGGCACGAUAUCGUGGACGCGGGUGGGAGAUGAGUGCGCAGGAUGAGUCCUCUGAAGGGAAUGGGGUGAAUCCGACUCCUGGCACGAUGAGGUUGUAA